UAUAUGAGUCUUGGCUCCGACGUGACUUAUAAGUUCAAUGAGCCGAGUCAAAGCCAAUCCUCAACAUUGUGAGGGUAUAGCUUCCAUAAGUCAUAUAUAAGAAUGGACUAUCGAAAACAGCAGAAUAACCAUUAGCACAUCUCUUAAAUAUGGAAGUUGACGCUUUCAUGUCUUCCAGUUUCUUCUUCUUGUUUUAUGGCAAACAAGAAAUGAGAAAAAACUAGAAAUGAUAAAGGAUAAGAAAAGAAAAAACAAAGAGGAUUGAGAGGGAGGACUAAGGUGAAAAUAUAAUUUGUUGGUACUAUCAACGCGAUGGGAGCGCAAGUGAUAUGAGUAGCGAAAAUAACAUUUGACUUUUCAAAUUAACAUCUGAUAUUAACAAAUGGGUAAAAGAACAACUUCUCAAAUUUAAGGGGUGGAUUAUGUCAUCAAAGUUCUGGUGGUUAAUAGUUAUUUGACAGGAAAACUUAAAUAUGAUGAGGUGGCAGAAUUUGAUUUCAUCGGGGACGAAUCUUGUUGAAUCAGAGCCGCACUGAAAUUAGGUCUAGAAGAUAGAAAGAAAGAGGUGAUGAUCAAUUGCCACAUACAUCAAAAGCUACAAAGAAACGGUGUUCGGUAGUCAGUUUGCAAAGCCCUAUAGGCUAAAUCCUAAACUUACAAAACUGAAAUUUGUCACUGACUGCCACAUGUCCUUGUGGAUCCCACAUCCCCCACCCACAAAGGUCUGAGUCCCCUAACCAUAAACCAUACUACUGGAAUCUACUGAACAACUCUCUCAACGUCCCAUCUUAUUCACUUUCUUUUCUUUUCUUUCUCUCAUUCUUCGCGAACCCAUCUCUCUUCUUCUAUCUUUUCACACAUUAUCUCUGAGUUUGUCAGCAUCUGUUUGGACGAGGAGAAAGGUCUGUUUUGGUUUUUUUAAAAGAUGAUGAUGAAGGAUGAGUGGGUGAGGGCAGCGAUGACGGAUGAUAGUGUUGUGGUGGAGCUGUUGAUGGGGUUGAAGCGGACGCGACGGGCUUCUAUGACGACGUCGGUGGCGAAAUCCGCGAUGGUGGCGGCAGCGGCUCUGAGGUGGGGGAUACGACAGCGGAGGUCAAGGUCUUUAAGAUGCGAUAGGGUAAAAGGAGAUUCGACGACGAACUCUAUGAGAGCUAGUCCUACAACUCCGCUCUCAUGGAGUGGCGGCGGAGGCGGCGGCGCUGCCUCUCCCUCCACCACCGUUGACGCCUUCGAAGAGAUAAGCCGCCACCAAAGUUUUGGUACCAGAUCCAAGGGCACUGGUACAAAUGAAUUCACUAGCAAUCCCACUAAGAGAUCAAGAAGAAAAAAGACAUUUGCUGAACUUAAAGAGGAGGAAAGUCGGCUCUUGAAAGAAAGGAUUCAUUUGAAUAAGGAGAUAGAAACACUACGAGCUACUUUUAAGGAGGAAAGUGCCAAAAAUGACAACUUGAAAAGAAUGAAGCUGGAUUUGGGAUUACACUCUGCAUUCAAGCCAGAUAAAGUUGGUUCUACUCUGGUCCACAAGAGAGUAGUCUCUUCACACGAUCAACUUCCUUCCAUUGGUCUACCGUCAUCGGGGUCCAGUGAGACACAGAAGGCUAUACAUCAGCGUAAUAGCAUAUCCUUUUUACCUGAUCUAAAUAUGAUGCCAUCGGAGGAUGAUUCUGACUCCGAAACUUUAUAUGGGAUGAGUUGAAGAAAACUUGUCCAUUGUGUUUCUUCUCACAACGAAAGGUAAUUGUUGAAAGAAAUUGUCUGUUCAUGUCCAAGGAGCUGUUUGGCGCAGGUGUAAAGUAUUUAAUGCUCGAUACAAGACUCUGUCUGUUCUGCGAUUCAAAGUUUUUUAAGGUCAGAGAAAUUGGUGAGUCAUGAAGAAGGCUGUAAGGGUGGUGUAGAGAUGAUAGUCAGAAGUAGGCCAAAGAGAUUCUUGUGUGGUUGCAGGUUCCUAAUUUUUCCGAAAUUCUUUGGGGUAAAGGUAAACCCUAAUGACUUCUUAUUUUGGGAUUAUGUAGAAAUAACCUUUUCAUUCUUUGUAGGCAAAUCAGCAACUGGACAACCCUUUUCAAGCUUCUCAAAACUAGAUUGACAAUUUUGUACUGCCUUCGUACUCUAACUUGUACGCUCAUAGUGAUCUAUAUGUUAGGCUAUAUUCAUUGACAUGCAGGAGUGUCGAAAAUCUAACACCAUUUCAUUAAUUUUUGCCGGUGAAUCUAUUGGCAACAUUUCUGAAAAUCAGAGCAUUGCUCUAACUAACUUUGACAUUUUGAAGUAAAAAAGCAAGUCAGAUCUUCGGGCUUGUUCAGUUAAAUGUGUAUAUAUUUCAAGAUAUUCGUUGUCCACAGAGAUUGAAAGAAGUUAUAUUCUCUA